AUGCUAAUUGGAGGAGCAAAUCUAGAGGCUCUGGAAGGUAAUGACAUGCUAGCACUACCAUAUGUUAAUAAUGGCCUGAGGGUUAUUAGCUCAGACCUGAACUUAUUACUAGAGAUUCCAAAACUCAACGCCUAUGUACUAUUUGGAGUCUCUGGCUUCAGCAUCAACCUGCCAUUCCAGUAUUUCGGAAAAAACACAGAAGGUCAAUGUGGAACAUGCAACAACAACCAGAAUGAUGACUGCCCCGGAUCCUUGGCAAAAGACUGUAAAGGAAUGGCAGAGAACUGGAAUACUACAGUUUGCACUCCACCAACUCCAUUACCUACAGCUGCACCUAGAGCUUCACCUACAGCUACACCUACAUCUACAGCUACACCUAUAGCUACACUUAAAGCUACACGUACAGCUGCACCUACAACUACACCUACGCAUACAGAUGCACCUACAGCUAUGUCUACAGAUGCAUAUACAGCUUCACCUACAGCUGGACCUUCAGCUACACCUACAGCUACGCCUACAGCUGCACCUACACCUGGACCUUCAGCUAAACCUACAGCUACGCCUACAGCUGCACCUACAGCUGGACCUUCAGCUACACCUACAAUUGAGUCACCCCACUCUGACUGCUACCUACUUAACACCACGUUUGAAGCGUGCCAUCCCCACGUGCCUCCUGAAAACUUCUUUUCAGCCUGUCAAUAUGACAGCAGUAAUAACCCUGCUGGAGUGUGUGCUAGUCUGCAGAGCUACGCAAGCGUUUGUGCAAUGUUUGGGGUCUGCAUAUACUGGAGGAACUACACAAGCCAAUGCAAUCAGUAA